CGAUAAUGUAAGAUCUUAUAUUUAAAGCUGCGGUGCACACCUGUAUCUAACAAAUGAUAAUAAUAUAAAUAUAAAUACAAAACCCUCAAUUACCAUUCCCACAAACUUCCAAACCUGCUUUCUCACCAUCACACACACCAUUACACACACCAAAGCAAACACAAAAUGCCCCUCCCCUCAACUCCACUCACCAUCCACGGCGGCUGCAGCUGUAAAACUCUCCGCUACAAACUUGAGAUACCUGAAGCAAGCGAGCGACCACUUCAUCCAUACUGCUGGAAAGCAAAAACUGCAUCACGAUCUUCAUCACCGUCUGAAUCUGACUAUGAUUCAGGAGAUGAAUAUAGAGAUAAUAAAUCAGGAGAAGAAGUUAGAUUACCCAUGAUAGCUAUUGAUCUCUGUAAUGAUUGUCGAAGGGCAACAGGAAGCAUCUUGCCUACUUGGAUUUGUUGCCCUAUGGAGUACAUUUGGGUUUGUGUUUCUGAUGGGGAUAGUGAUCAAUUGCAAGAUGUUAAGGAUAGUGAGGUGGGAGGUCAUGGGGAUAUUAGCGAAGAGAGCGAUGAUAAGAGCAGGAGAGCAAGUGAGGAGAACCCCCGCCAGGAAACCUGGGUAAAAGCCACCUCAGUAUUUCUACCCUUCUCGCUCUCCUCCCCAACCUCCCCUCAACCCCCCUCCACACUAGGAACCCACCGCUCCUCCAGCUCAAGCACACGCUACUGGUGCAACAAAUGCGGCACGCCGCUCGCAUACCGCGCUCAUCCCAUGCCUGCCGAAUGGCCCGAGAUGUUAGAUAUACUCCUCGGAACGAUAGAUCGAGAGGAUCUCGAUAUGGAAGAUCCGGAUACGGGUAGAUAUGUUAUGGUUCCGGAAAGGGUGGUUUGGAAUGACUGUGCGGUUAAUUGGACGAGGGGGCUGCUGGGUGGAGAGUGUAGACACUUGCCAGUUCAUACGAGGACGAAUGUCGGGCUGAGGAGGAGGUUUAUUUAGGUUGGGGGCCCGUUGGGGGAGGGUGUGGGGUUAUCAGGUGGGAGCAGGGUUUUCUGGACUUGAGCUUUAUGUAUAUGAGAGUGAAGAGGGGGAAUUUCGGGAUUUUUUGCGAAGUACGUUGGAUCUGUUUGGUAUCUUAAUCCAUCUGGAAUCUUACCUCUUCAUGAUACCUGAAACCUGAUGGAAUUACCAAAUACCUCCAGGUCAACUGGCUAGCCUUUGAGACUGGAUAUUGAAAGUUGUUUGACGCGGUUACCAAAAUCUAAAUGCUUCGGAGGAAAUCUGAUCAUUUUGGAAACUGUCUCCAGUGCCAGCUUUACGCGACAGAUUAUACUGACAAAAGCUUGUAGGUGCUAAUUACU